CAUCUCUCCGCUAAAAAAAAAAGGUUCAUCUCUCCCUAGCAGCUCAAACUUGUCUCCGGCGUCGAGGUCGGUCGCAGCAUCCGAUGGGCAUCCUGUGGAGCAGCUUCAGGAGCGAGCCGCCGCCGCCGCCACCUCCUAUGGUGCUGGUGCCGCCGCUCUUCGACUACCCGCCCAUCGCCGCCCGCACCAGGAUGUCGGUCCCGGCGUAUGAGCUCAUGUUUGGGAAACUUCCUCUGCGCAAUCUGUUUGAGGACUACUUCGAUCAAGCAGGGAACAUGACCUCAAGGAUCAUGCUGAAGCCACUGGAAGACCCUCACGUUGAUUUGAUCGCCACAGUAUCUGCAGCUGCUGAUAAAAAUAGUGGAACAGAAGUAAAGGGGGACGCUCUAUUUCGCUGGCAGAAAGAUUUGGACAAUCCCCAUACCUUUGUGGACCUUCUUGUGUCGACUUCAGAGCCCAUGUCGCAGCUGAGGUCAUGUGCUUACUACCCUGAGUAUCGUAUUGGUGCAUUUGGAACAUUUCCUUUGCUAAUGGGAAACAGGGUGUGUUCUGAGGACUAUGGUGUCAUGGGUGUCAGAUAUGGUUCAGAGAAUUUAUCAUUUGGGGCAUCCUUCGUGCCAUUUCCUGAAUCUGCCGAGGUGCCGUAUGGAGCAUGGUUGGCUGGAAGAAAAGGGAGUUUAAGUGCAGGAGCACAAUAUAAGCCACUCAGUGGAAACAAACAUCAUAUGCCGUAUAUGGACUCAAAGAACUGGAAUUGUGCUAUUAGUUAUGGUGUUGGCUCAACAAGCCCGCUCAGCCCUUCAUUUAUUUUUUCCCUAGAACUUGCCAGAAGUACACAGCUUAUCGCAUCAUUCUAUCGGCAUAUGGUUGUUCAAAGAAGGGUAAAAAAUCCGUUUGAAGAUGGUCAGGUUGUUGGGAUCACAAACUACAUUGAUUUGGGACUUGAGUUGGCUACAACGACUGAUAAAAGCAAACCGGCAGACAGUGCCAACAGUUCCAUGUUUCAGCUAGCUGCAAGCUGGCAAGCUAAUAAGAACUUCCUAUUGAAGGGAAAGCUAGGUCCUUCCAAGUCGUCUAUAGCUUUGGCAUUCAAGUCAUGGUGGAGACCGUCCUUCACAUUUAGUGUCACAGCUGUGAAUGAUCAUUCGAAGGGGGCGACAUCCUAUGGCUUUGGAAUUCAUGUCGAGGAUCUCAGAAAGGCCAGCUACGAAAGGGCAGAUCCAAACUAUGUCAUGCUGACACCAAACAAGGAGCACCUGGCACCGGGCGUCUUGCAUGAGUACGGGAAGCGGCCAAUGUUCCAGGCGGACGUCGAUUCGGGCAACUACGAUCAUUUGCCCACAGAGUUGAAGCCUAUCGACAAGAUAUUCUAACCGAUACAACUCUCUGGUCUCAAUCUGUGGUCGCCCGUCGUCAUCAAAGGACCUUCAGCAAGCUCAUCUGAAAAGCUUGUAAACUUCAGGCCGAUUUCAGAUUCACAGUUCUUUUAGCAGUUGUUCCGGUGAAGGUAGAAACUUUGUCUCUGAGAAAAAACGUCCACAAUGGAGCCCAGGGUCACCAGGAAAUGUGUGCACUUGGUAGGGACCGAUAAUUACCCUCCAAUCACUUGCAUCCCCGUGAGCUUUCAGUAGACGCUAGAAGCCUCAAGAUAUAUACAUAAUCUAACAGAUAGCCAUGGAUCGACUCAUGACAUGGCACAUGGGGAAGAACCCUCCAUCUGCUACAGGAUAGAUAGCUAUGCUAGGGAUGUGCAAGAUAAUCAAAAGGUGAUCACAUCACAUUUCGUUUCCAUCCAUCCAAGACUUGGGGCGCAUCGGAAUGAACCUAAUCUGUCUGGAUCUUUGUUGCAACUUACAAUUGUUUAGCAUUUCCCCGGGAAGAGACACUGAACCAGGGAGUAGUCAGCCAGCAUUCAGCACGCCGUAGAUACGCACGUACGUGUCAGUCUACAAUGUGAGUAUGUGACAGCGAGACACUUCUGGCCCAAGUCAAAGAAGAUACCGACUUGCGAUGGCAGUUUCUUCGAUUGGAGAAUUGAAAAAAAGGAUAUAAAAGCUAGUUGCAUUUGACGACGGAAUUUGGAUUUGGAUGGAUGCCGCAAUUUGUCAAUGGAGAGGCCCCCGUGGGCGAGACCGCAAGAGGCAGCGGAGUUCUUUUAGCCAUGCCUUGCUAUCUUCCAACCGGCUAUAGCUAAGCUAGCUCGUGGUAGUGAUCCGUGGUUUGCUUUCAGUGUCGGCCAACUUGGGAUAAAAGUUUCACCGCAAGAAAAAGGAAAAAGGAAACUAAGCAUAGAUUGAAUGUUUGUAUUGUCACCUGUCGUACAACAUGAGAUAACAGAUCAUAAAACAUGUUUGUAUU